AUGCCGAACACUAUUACCAAGGUCCUCUACAAGCCUGAUUCCCAGUCAGUCGAGGAAUACAGCGUUGCAAUUAACCCAGAGCAGUACUCAAAGUGGAAAAACGGAGACACCUCCAUCCCAUUAGCCCUUGUCGUUGAAUCCUUCGACGUCUUCGUCUCGCAAGGAGCAACGGGCCUCAUGAAUAAACCAUCCAACCAACAACUAGAGAACAUUUUUGGAACAAGCAAAGACGUCGACGUUGUAGAGUAUAUCCUCAAAAAUGGAAGGGAACAGACGACCACUCUACAGCCCGACAAGUGGGGCAACACCAACGAUUCCCGCGGAAGCUUGGGCGAUCCCUCGGGGCCCCGCUAAGCUAUGGACGAUUGUUUGCCUGUUGUAAUAUUAGCAUCCAACCCACGGACGCUCUUACUUCGUGUUUUCGAUGUAGCGUUAUUGUUGUCAAUCCAACCGUGUAAUUCUAUCAAACAGAGUCCUAUGAC